AUGAAACUCUCUGUGCCUACUAGGAGCUCAAGAGCGACAAAGUCGUUUAUCGGAACUUGGAUUAUUGUGCUCGGCGUGGCCUUGUUCUAUAUCUCUACAAAAUUAUUUUUCAAAGGCGAUGUGUUGAAUACAAUAUCCAUAAUGGUCAAUAAUCAAACAUUGGUCCACAAGCAUGCCUCUUGGGUUGAAAAAUUGUUACUUAAAUUUGGUUACCAAAGAAUCCCCAAUCCUGGACCUGCGCAAUAUGCCAGAAAUUUGGGUUUUGAUGUUCACCAGUUUUCUCAGUUGUCAAAAGAGAAUUACUAUGAUAAAUUACCACCAAUUGAUUUCAAGAACGCUUCUGCAGUGUUUAAUUCUGUAAAUAGUGUUCUUGAUGGCCCUGCAGGGACAAUUCAGCCAAACGGGGUUUCAGUAUUUACUGGCUAUAUUCCUGCGGGAACUUUAUUUUACCAUGCUGGCUUUGGUGGUGAAACCGGAUUUCCUCCUAGUCCAGAAUGGGUAGCUAUUAAUUGGGAAUAUAGUUAUGAUUUCGGAGCUCAUGGUGAGGAGAUUCAUAGACCUGGAGAACCCAAUAGACGAGGACCGGGGCAUGGGAAAAGGCCGUUGAAUGACAGCUAUGGUAUGCCUCCCCCACCACCCCAUCCACAGGCAUUAAAAGACGAAAUUCAGGCUAAGUUUGGUAUUGAUGAUGGGCAAAUACAUAGAUCCAGAUUACUUACUUUUACCAACAUCAAACCGCUCAAUAAGUUGAUUGUCAUGGAGGGUGCUAGUGCGAAGAAAGAUGAUGACGGUACCAUGGAUGUCCAUAAUGUGUUAGCUCGUGAAAACUUUACUUACUUUUAUGGUGGUGCAGAACGUUCAUUGGCCAAGUCAAUCUGUGAUUGGGGUAAAAUUAAAUAUGGGGGAUUAGAUGGCAUUGUAAGAAUGGAAGUUGGAUUUGAAAUCAUUUUUUGUGAUUUCGAAAGUGAAAAGAUUCAAUUGGUUUCUAAUGAUACCUUUAUGAAUGAUCUAGAAAUUCUUGGAUUUCCUUCUCCAUUGCCUUUGAAUGAAUCUUUGAGUGAAAUAGAUAAUGGUGACCAAAACCAGGAGUUGGUGGAUGACGAUAAUCGUUAUAAGCUUAUCAAAUACUUGCCUCAUUUCAGAGCCUGGGGAAAUUUUGAGCGCCAUUUCGAGCCAGAAUCGAGGAUUAAAAUUGAUUAUAGAGGGUUCACUACUAUUUUGAACCAAACUUUUAUGGAUCCAGACACAUAUAAAAGACGGUUAAGGGAUACUCCAAUUGAAGUACGAGAAAAUUUCGUUGGCAGAAUGGAACACUUAUUUGCUGUUAAUCAAGAGCAUAUCAAUUACUGGGAUGGCACGGAUUGGAAAAAAUUCACCAAUCACAUUGUUUCAAAAUUCUAUCCGGUGUUGGAUCUCAUGAAUAGCACCUACACCAAUUAUCUUAAAAAUGAAGAUAUCAGCUUGUUUGGCGUUAACCUAACCAUGUAUACUUACCAUAUUUAUAAAAGAUACCAAGAUUCUUCUAUACAUGAUGUGUCUCUUAGAGAAAAAAAGGGAAUUGAGCAUGCAGUUUGGGAAUACUCUCUACCAAAUAAGCCUCUACAGUCUGAAGGUGAUAUUUUAAUCUGGACAUCCGUGGCCAAGGUGAUUGAAAUGAUUGUUCAAGAAGUAUUUGAACAGUAUAGAUUGUCUCAUAAGAUUGUUAAUUCUCAAUUCAACUCAUUGAAGGUCGAUCGGGUACAAUUGUCCAAAGAAAUUAAAGCUGGUUUUAUCAGAUUGAAUAACCUAAUUGAUGACCUUGAUUGGACCAUUGCCACUAAUUGUCGUGAGAAAUGUCCGAAUGGAACUGUUUGCUACAUUCCAACAUGGGGACCAUCACCAUUGUGGGGUUUCGAUCGUAGUGAUCCUGGUAAAGAGUUCAAAAAUGGAGCUUUGAGAAUUAAACAAGAAUGCCAGUGUAUGGAUGUUAGUGAUAUUUGGAAGUUUCCUGAAUUCAAAGUCUAG